AUGGAUCCAAACAUUGAACAAUUAUUGGGUCUUGAAACUAAUGUAGAUUUGUUGUCCAAUUGUUGUCGCCAUAGCCAAUGUUUUGAAGGGGGUGUUGCUGCUUUCCAUUUGGUUCUGUCCAAAUAUGCUAUUGAGUGUGGGUUUGACUUCAAAUUUGUGAAAAACGAUUCAGUGCGGGUCACGGCUGUGUGCACAUUACGAGAGCAAAAAGGGUGUACAUGGUUGAUACAUGGAAGGGUUCAAACAUGCAAUGGAUACUUUUACUUGAAGAGGUUGAACAACUUGCAUAAUUGUGGUGCUAUUGUUCGCACUGGAAAGAAUAGUAGACUCAAUUUUGAACUAGUUUGCAAUGUUAUUGGUGAUCGGUUAUGUGAUAAGCCGCUUACAUGUCCCACUGACGUCGUGUUUGACCUAAAAAAGGAGUACGAACUGAAUGUUAGUUACCACAUAGCCUGGUUAGGUGUGGAGAAGGCAAGAGGCGAAGUGUAUGGUGACUAUCAUGUUUCAUUCGAUCAACUUAGGUGGGAUGCAGAUACAAUUAUGCAGUACAACCCUAGGAGUUAUGUCAACUUGGAUUUUAAGCAGUCAACUGGCCGAUUUAAAUGGUUCUUCAUAUCAUUCAAAUCUUGCAUUGACGAAUUCAACCAUAUCCGCCCAUUAUUGUUUCUUGAUGGAAGUCGUGUUAGGGAGGCGUACUCCAAUGGUUGCACAUGGAUUGUUAGCAAGGCAAAUGAAGACAUAUACAAUGUCUAUUCAUUUCCAACGGUGUUGGUAGACAUUGGCAAACGUUCAUGUUCAUGUUUCCAGUGGCAAUUGAAUGGAUUCCUAGGUGCACAUGUGGUGGUUGCAAUAUAG